AUGUCGUCGGAGUCAAAGAACGCGGCGUCGAUCACUGAGGCGGAUAUUGGCACCUACGCGUUUGAGAUCGACGACUACAGCUCCAAGAUCAGAAACAUCGGCGUCGGCGGGUUCGUCCGGUCGGACACCUUCACUGUCGGCGGCCUCGACUGGGCCAUCCGCUUCUACCCCAACGGCAUCCACGAGGGCUCCAAGCAGUUCGUCAUCACCACGCUGGAGCUGAUGAGCAGCAACGCCGAGAUGAUGUUUCCCAUCCAGAUGCGGGGAAGCAGGACAGCACUAGAAGGCGUACCGGAGUCUGAAGGACUAAAUGGAUUGUUCAAGUCUUGCGAUGCCACCCGGUACGGCCUGCAAAAACCUGCGGGCGUGCCGAGGGCUCUGCUAGAGGUCUGGAGGAAUCUGGGCUGGUACCUCGUCAACGAUCGCCUAAGGAUUCAGUGCGAACUUACUGUCAUCAGAGAAUCACUUCUGUUUGAAAACAUAGGAGAACCUGAAAUUGAAGUGCCGCCGUGCGACAUGAUGGAGCACUUUGGCAACCUGUUGAAAGAAAAGAAGGGAGUGGAUGUCACAUUCCGUGUUGGAGGGAAAGAUUUUGAGGCGCACAAAAUCGUGCUUGCGGCGCGAUCACCUGUCUUCAUGGCAGAGUUCUUUGGACAGAUGAGGGAGUCAGGAACAUGCUGUGUGACCGUGGAAGACAUGCAACCUGAGGUGUUCGGUGCUCUGCUGCAUUUCAUAUAUAAUGAUCCGCUGCCUGACAUGGGUGAUCUCGAGGGGAAUGAUUACCGUGAAAUGAUGUCGCAUUUACUUGUGGCUGCUGAUAGAUAUGCCUUGGACAGGAUGAAGUUAGUUUGUCAGAGCAUCAUUUGCAAGAGCCUUGAUGUGGAGACCGUGGCAACUACAUUGGCUUUGGCUGAUCAGCACAACUGUGACAAGCUUAGAGCAGCCUGCAUCGAGUUUAUUGCUUCCUCGAAAAACAUGGAUGCUGUGGCGGUAACCCAAGGUUAUGCGGAUCUCAAACGGAUGUGCCCUUUUGUGUUCAUCGAUUUAUUUGAGAGAAAAAGUAAGCUCGCAAAACAUAGAUGAGUAGCUCAUUGUAAACUGAAGUUGAGUAGUUAAUUGAACUGGUGAUUAGGUUAUAUGAAUGGCUUAGUUUG